AUGUCGACCAGCGCCUCGUCGGCUGACGCUUUCUCUGGCGACCCGUCGCGCGCCGCCGCUGCGAGUUUUGCCGCCGGCACCGUGCAGGCAGUGCUCCUCCUCCCAGCCAACACUGUGCAGACGCACAUGCAGCACGCUGGACGACCGAUGCUGCAGACGCUGCGUGUUAUCUUUGCCAGCGGUGGCCUGCCCGGCGUGCGCCUGCUCUACCGAGCACUCGGCCCAACGGUCGCGAUGCUGGGAGUCAGGCAGGGGUUCAAGUUUGGGUCAGGCGCCGCGGUCAAGUCGCGGCUGCCAACGAGUUGGCCGGAGCUGGCGCGGGACGCGGUGUCAGGUGGCUCCAGUGCUGUCGCCACCACCACCGUGCUGUUUCCGAUCGACACGCUCAAGACGCGCUGGCAGCUCGGCAGAGCGUCGCCGCGGCUGCCGCAGCUGUACCAAGGCUUCACGCCCGCCGUCAUCUACUCGGCGUUCGGGAUGUCCAUCUGGCUCUGCUCGCGGAACAUCCUCGAGCGAACCAUUCCCGAUCCAGGCCGCAGCUCGGCGCUGCAGCACUGGAAGCACUUUGCGGUCGACGGCCCGCCGCGAUCCGCGGCGAGUGAGUUGCGGCUGCUCGUCUCGACCGGCGGGCUGGGCAGGCUGUACAGCGGCUUCGGCGUCAAGUGCGCAUUCGUGGCGCUCAACUCGGCCAUCUUCAACUCGGUGUACAUGCAGUGCCGGAGGCUGAUGCGCAUGCACAGCUGA